AUGACAUUCCGCGCACGCGAUGAUCCUUCAGGAUGUAUACUCAAGUUGUUUCUCCUCUUCACGUUUUCUUUUCUUCCUUUUGGCGUGCUGCCGUUUUCUACGGAUUAUUUUCUGGGACCGCCAUGGCCCAUGAUGAGAUUCGGAUCUAAUGCAUGA